UUUUUUUCUUUACAUUUUAGUAACUAAUUAACCAUCGUUAAACCAAGUUGUGUUUUAUGUUUAUUUUUUCUAUCUCUUAAGAAUAUAUUUUUUAUAGUAAUACAUUUUGAUUUUCAAUGCCAUUAAAAAAAUGAACUUACAAAAAACUAGCAAUGACAUUUCUUCAUUAGUUUCUUUAGUACGAAACAAAUCAUUCCCAACAUAUCCGGAAUACAUUACAUUUACAUCCAGAUUAAAAACGUAUGAUAUAUUACCAUCAAAAAUACCUCAAAAUAAAUAUUUAUUGGCUGAUUGUGGUUUCAUAUACAGAGGAGUAAAAGACGUUGUAGAAUGUUUUUCCUGCGGACUUGUCUUACACGAUUGGAAAAAAGAUGAUAUACCAUGGAUUGAACACUCGAGACAUAAUCCGGAAUGUGUAUAUGUAUUAUUAUCAAAAGGAAAUCACUUUGUUGAAUAUGUAAAAACCAAAUGCGGAAAAGCUAAAUGUAAUUGUGAAAUUGAAUCAUAUGAUACCACUUGUUUGAUGCAAAUUAAUUUGAAGCAUACUGAAACGGAAAGGGUAAAAUUAUAUUGUUUGAUAGAGAUGGUAAAUUAUGUGCGACUAUAUUUUUUUAUUAUUUGACACCGAAUAUAAUAUUUUUAUAAAUAUGCUAAUUAUUAUAAUGAGAUCACACCGUUCUAAAUCAAAUCAAAAUUAUGAUUAUUAUUUCAUAAGACGGAAAUAAUAUGUAGAUUAUUAUAAUGAGAUCACACCACUCUAAAUCAAACCUAAAUUAUAAUAAUUAUUAUUUCGAAAAGUACCGAGAGUAAAUGUGCCGUAUCAUAUCAUUCACCUCACACUGCUCAGCACAUAGACGACACACGGAAAUUUUUUAAUAUUUCAACUUUUCAAAGAACAUUGUAAGUAUAUAUCAUUA